AUGAAAGUUUCAUCAAAUUCUUCAAAAAAGGGUGGCCCGAAUUACACUGUGAUGAUGCCUCCCACCCCAGAUAACCAACCAGAAACCUCUGAUUCCAAGCAUGAUGGUGUAGGAGGGACCACAAGGUUUGCCGCAGAAUCUCAGCAGGAAGGAAUGGAUGGUGGGGGUGGUGGCGGGGGGGCUAAGACCUCCUCUGUGUUGAGUUCAGUGAAUAACAAGUCCAUGCUGCUGAGGAGCCAGACUCAAGAUUUUGAUCAUACUCGAUGGUUGUUUGAGUCCAAAGGCACUUAUGGGAUAGGGAAUGCAUUUUGGCAGGAAGAUCAGAAUUCUUUUGAAGAAGGAGUGAGCAUGGCAGAUUUCCUGGACAAACCUUGGAAACCACUAACUAGGAAGAUUAGAAUCCCAGGGUCUAUACUUAGCCCUUACAGAUUGUUGGUGGUUAUCCGUAUGAUAAUCCUAGCUUUCUUUCUAACUUGGCGAAUUCGGAACCCCAACCAUGAAGCUAUGUGGUUGUGGGGAAUAUCAAUUGUGUGUGAGAUUUGGUUUGCUUUCUCUUGGCUUCUUGAUGUCCUCCCCAAAAUGAACCCAAUAAACAGAAGCACAGACCUUGCUGCAUUGCAUGACAAGUUUGAUCAACCAACUGAUAACAACCCGACUGGUCGCUCAGACUUGCCUGGCGUUGAUGUUUUUGUGUCCACUGCUGACCCUGAAAAGGAGCCACCUCUUGUCACUGCCAACACCAUUCUUUCCAUUCUUGGUGUCAACUAUCCAAUUGAAAAGGUAUCAUGUUACAUUUCAGAUGAUGGUGGUGCCAUACUCACAUUUGAAGCCAUGGCUGAAGCUGUCAAAUUUGCUGAGGUUUGGGUACCCUUUUGUAGAAAACACAACAUUGAGCCAAGGAAUCCUGAUGCUUACUUCAAUUUGAAGAAAGACCCCACAAAGAACAAGAAACGGCACGACUUUGUGAAGGACCGUAGAUGGAUCAAGAGAGAGUAUGAUGAAUUUAAGGUCAGAGUCAAUGGACUUCCUGAGGUGAUAAGCAAAAGAAGUAAAUCGCACAACUUUAAAGAGGAGAGGAAAGCAAAGCAGUUAGCUAAGGAGAAAAAUGGAGGCACUCUACCUGCAGAUUACACUAGUGAUGUCCCUAAAGCUACAUGGAUGGCUGAUGGCACUCACUGGCCAGGGACUUGGCAUGGUCCUGUACCUGAUCACACUAAGGGUGACCAUGCUGGAAUCUUGCAGAUAAUGAGUAAGGUCCCAGAACAUGAUCCUGUAAUGGGCUAUGCAGAUGAGAAAAAGCUAGAUUUCACAGGUAUAGACAUCAGGAUUCCAAUGUUUGCAUAUGUCUCGAGAGAGAAGAGACCCGGGUAUGAUCAUAACAAGAAAGCAGGAGCCAUGAAUGCUAUGGUUCGAGCCUCGGCUAUAUUGUCUAAUGGACCAUUCAUUCUCAACUUGGAUUGUGACCACUACUUCUACAAUUCUCUUGCUUUGAAGGAGGGAAUGUGCUUCAUGAUGGACCGUGGCGGUGAUCGCGUAUGUUACAUACAGUUUCCACAAAGAUUUGAAGGGAUUGAUCCUUCUGAUCGAUAUGCAAAUCACAACACAGUCUUCUUCGAUGGAAAUAUGAGAGCUUUGGAUGGUCUCCAAGGUCCAAUGUAUGUGGGAACAGGUUGCAUGUUUAGGAGGUAUGCACUCUAUGGAUUUGAACCACCGAGAUUCAUUGAGCACACUGGUGUGUUUGGAAGAGUGAAAACCAAGGUGAACUGCAAUGCACCACACGCAAAAUCUGAUGAUGACACGCAACCCCUGUCAUCUGAUUCAGAAAUGGGUUAUCCACAAAAGUUUGGAAGCUCAGUUAUGUUCCAAGAUUCCAUAACUGUUGCUGAAUACAACGGAAGGCCCCUUGCUGAUCACAAAUCUGUGAAGAAUGGAAGGCCACCUGGGGCACUUCUCGCACCACGUCCACCUUUGGAUGCCCCCACUGUUGCUGAGGCCAUUGCUGUCAUCUCAUGCUGGUAUGAGGACAAGACAGAAUGGGGGGAUAGGGUAGGUUGGAUUUACGGGUCAGUGACUGAGGAUGUGGUGACUGGUUACAGGAUGCACAACCGUGGUUGGAGAUCAAUUUAUUGCAUCACAAAGAGAGAUGCUUUUCGCGGCACUGCACCUAUAAACCUCACUGAUCGCCUGCACCAAGUGCUGAGAUGGGCCACAGGUUCUGUGGAGAUUUUCUUCUCGAGAAACAACGCCUUCUUCGCUAGUAGGCGCCUCAAGUUCUUGCAGAGAAUUUCGUACCUUAAUGUUGGCAUCUACCCCUUCACCUCUGUGUUUUUGGUGGUGUAUUGCUUCAUUCCUGCACUCUCCCUUUUCUCUGGACAGUUCAUAGUGGACGGCUUGAAUGUGGCUUUCUUGACGUAUCUUUUACUCAUCACCGUUUGCCUCACUCUCAUUUCCCUUCUUGAAGUGAAAUGGUCAGGCAUUGCCCUUGAGGAAUGGUGGCGCAAUGAGCAGUUUUGGGUCAUUGGUGGCACUAGUGCUCAUCUUGUUGCUGUCAUACAAGGUUUGCUAAAGGUUAUAGCUGGCAUAGAGAUUUCCUUUACCUUAACCUCUAAGUCAGCAGCUGAUGAAGAUGCGGAUGAAUUUGCUGAUCUACACAUUGUCAAAUGGACAAGUCUCUUCAUCAUGCCUCUAACGAUUAUCAUCAUUAACCUUAUUGCUUUGGUCAUGGGGUUCUUAAGGACUGUGUUCAGUGUGAUACCACAGUGGAAUAAGCUCUUGGGAAGCAUGUUCUUCAGCUUCUGGGUGCUGUCUCAUAUGUACCCUUUUGCUAAAGGGUUGAUGGGAAAGAGAGGAAGGGUGCCCACAAUUAUUUAUGUUUGGUCAGGAAUUCUCUCCAUUACCAUUGCACUCCUUUGGAUCACAAUUGACCCUCCAACUGACACUAUCGAAGCAGGAAGAUCUGUUACACACUACAACACAAAGUUACACUGA